GGCGGGGCGAGUGGCUGGCGGCUGAUGUGUCUGCAGGCUCUGAGGCACCCGGCUCGCCCCAGCCUCCACAUCUAGUCUUGGACUAAUCCCUUUGCUCCCAGGGACAUCAUGAGAUCCCCGGCGGACUACCUCUCUGACAGUGAGUCUGAAGAUGCAUUGCGCAGGACCCCCUUGCUGCAGAAGCCCCCGCAGGGUGGCCCAGUUCCCAUAUGCUGUUCCACUCGUUACAAUUUAGCAAUGAUAGCCUUUUUUGGAUUCUUCAUACUCUACGCCUUACGUGUGAAUUUAAGUGUAGCAUUAGUGGAUAUGGUAGAUUCAAAUAAAAGUAUGGAGAGAAAUACAACUUCUGAGGGGUGCCCAGAACAUUCUGCUCCCAUAGGAAACUUUCACAAUCGAACGGGAAAGAAAUACCAUUGGGAUGCAGAAACUCAGGGAUGGAUUCUUGGCUCCUUUUUUUAUGGCUACAUCAUCACUCAGAUUCCUGGUGGAUAUGUUGCCAGUAAAAUGGGAGGAAAGCUACUUUUGGGAUUUGGAAUACUUGGUACAUCUUUGCUCACAUUAUUGACCCCCAUUGCUGCAGAUUGGGGAGUAGGCUUUCUUAUUGCAGUUCGUGCCCUGGAAGGACUAGGAGAGGGUGUUACGUUUCCUGCUAUGCAUGCUAUGUGGUCCUCUUGGGCUCCUCCUCUUGAAAGAAGCAAACUUCUUAGUAUUUCAUAUGCAGGAGCUCAGCUUGGAACAGUCAUCUCACUUCCACUGUCUGGAAUAAUUUGUUUCUAUAUGGAUUGGACUUAUGUCUUCUACUUUUUUGGUGCUCUUGGAAUACUUUGGUUCAUUUUAUGGAUCUGGUUGGUUAGUGAUACACCAGAAACUCACAAGACAAUCUCUGUUUUGGAAAAGGAAUACAUUCUUUGUUCUCUGAAAGAUCAGCUUACUGCACAGAAGUCAGUACCAUGGAUAUCAAUGCUGAAAUCACUACCACUUUGGUCUAUUGUUGUGGCACAUUUUUCUUACAACUGGACUUUCUAUACUUUAUUAACAUUGUUGCCUACAUAUAUGAAAGAGAUACUAAGAUUUGAUGCUCAAGAGAAUGGACUUUUAUCUGCACUACCUUAUUUUGGAUGUUGGAUUUGUAUGCUCUUGUCUGGUCAAGCAGCUGACUACUUAAGAGUAACAUGGAAAUUUUCAACUGUAUGGGUCCGUAGAGUAUUUAGUUUAAUAGGAAUGAUUGGGCCAGCAGUAUUCCUAGUAGCAGCUGGAUUCAUUGGCUGUGAUUAUUAUUUGGCAAUUGCCUUCCUAACCAUAUCCACAACAUUAGGAGGUUUUUGUACUUCUGGGUUUAGCAUCAAUCAUCUGGAUAUUGCACCUUCGUAUGCUGGUAUCCUCCUAGGCAUCACAAACUCAUUUGGUACUAUUCCAGGAAUGAUUGGACCAGUCAUUGCUAAAAGUCUAACACCUAAUAACACAGUGGAAGAAUGGCAGAUGGUGUUCUACAUUGCUGCUGGUAUUGAUGUGUUUGGAGCACUUUUCUUCACAGCUUUCUCCAGGGGUGAAGUGCAAGACUGGGCUUUACAUGGUUAUCACAGGCAUCUAAACUAAAAGAACCAUGGAAACAGCCACUCUCUUGAUUCAUUUUUAUCAUCAUAUAACCUAAAAGUGCCUUUGUUAUUUGACUGCUUAAAAAUUCCACCAAAAAAUGUACUUAUAUACUUUUAAGGCUUGAAAUUAUGAAAUUGAUUUUUUUGUGGAAUUUAAUAUUUUUAAUCAUUUAUAGUGAGAAAAGCAUAGGCUGGGAGUUGUAAUUUAGGUUCACAUACACAGCUAUAAGAAAAUAAUUAUGCAUAGUAGUUCAGGAUCAUCAAAAAAAAGUCAAAAAACAUAAAUAAAUAGCAUACGGUGCUAUUUAUUUCUUUUUAGAGAGCUAAACACUUAGGAGAAUUAGCUAAAGUGAACUUUAUACCUUUCCACAAGCCGAAUGGAGAUUCUCAGGUAUCAGUAAGGACUUGUUCUCAUCUAAACUUCUCUCAUGAACACACUUCACCUAGUUCUAGCCCAGCUUUACCAUUUACAAGCUUUUGUGACUUUAGAUGAGUCACAUAACUUUUGGGGGUCUCAGUUUCCUCAUUUGUAAAGACACAAGUACUUGCACUUUGUACCUCACAGAGUUAUUGUGAGGCUAGCACAACAUGUUCUCUAAGUCAGAGCUAUUUUUAAUCUACUCUCCCUCAGGUCUGAAAUUUUACUGUUUCCAUGGUGCUGCUAGCAUCUGUAGAAUCUGGCCUUGCAAUUGAUCUAAUACAAUUCAAAAUGUAUUAAGGGUCCACUGUGUGUAAAACCUCGGGCUGGCCCCUGGAGAAAUAAGGGAGGGUUGUUGCCUUCAUGGAGUUUACUCUUGGUCAGGUAGCUUGUGGCAAGGGCAGCUUCAUUUUCACCAACAGACCGUUUUUACCUAAACGUUUUUCCUCUGGCUCUUGGGGUGCAGAGGCCACCUAUUGCCACAUAAACUAAGAUUUGCCAGUAAUAGCUCAGUGCCAUUGCUUAGAUAUAAUUCUCACUAUGUAGCUCUUAACUGACUGAUGAAACUGCACUUUCAGAGCAGCCAGGGCUGGGGGAAAUCUCAACUUCUGUGUAUGUAUUCGAGGUAACUUCCACCCACUCUGCUCAGCAAAUUGAAUUCUGAGUUGUCAUAUAGUCUGCAAUACAGAUUUAGACUCCUGCUCAUUCUUAAAUCAUCCCACGAACCAUGCUUGGGACCAGCUGUCUGUGCCACUGCUUCUUCUGGUUCCAAAUAUAGGUGCCUGCUUCUUGAACUACAUGACAAAACACAUCUUCAUUCCUCUACCAGGCUUAACUUGCGCUUCUCUUUGCAAUUCAAAGUAAAGAUGGUUUUUAAAGACCGAAAUCAUCCUAGGAAAGUCCCUGCUGCUUCUUGUCUCUGGGAUUCAACCUCUCUGGGAUUUACAAAGGGAUUUUUUCCAAAUUUUCAGCCAGUGAUUUCAAAGCAUGCUUUAAAUAACUUUUAUUUGAUUUAGGUCUUGGCUAAUGUUUUAUAACUAUUAGUCCUGUUAACUUAUCUUGUUCAGGAUAACUUUUUUGUUACCUGUUGGGUGCAAUUUUAUGUAAUUUAUUUUUCAAACCCUAUUCAGUCAGCAUUUAUUGUAAAUAUUUUUAAUUUGUCAUGUGGUGUUUCUUUUUAUGUCAUUAAAAUGAUGGUUAAAUGUGAA